CACCGAAUCACAGCAUCACCAGCAGCAAGACAAGACAAGAGUGACCUCAUCCUUCCUGCCAGAGCUGACACAGCCCUGUUUCCUCUGACCGUCAACAGAAUAAGCGAUUGCGACUCCAUCAGCCCAUCCCCUCCUCUUUCCCACUUAAAAUCAACGGAAAGAGCAGCAGCACAGAGAGAGAAUCAGAGCCCAAGUGCAUUAGGAGAGGAAUUGCCAGGCAGCGAUAGAUCAUCCCCUCCAGCGCUCUCUUCGGAAAGUGAAAAUCUCGCAGCGCAAUCCAGCAAUCAACAGGUAUUGAGCUCUUCACAAUCUGGAAUCACAAACAGUGACACAUCCAUCAAGAUAGAGGCACAGCAACAGAAACAAGAAACAAGUCAUAAAAGUGAAUACCUAUCUCAGUCAUUUAAUCCAGAACUGAACAUGAGGGAUAUCGCUAAAAGUUGUACCAAAGCUGAUGGGCUUACAUCAACAGAAGACAUAGGAAACUCAAAUUUAAAAUGCCAAAUGACUGAAUGUGCAUCUCUUCCCCCUCUGAUGGUGUUUGAGAAUCUACGUCACCCAGUAAAAGAGACCAGCUUCAACUUUGAGGGUUUUCUAAACAUCAGCAAACCUCCUGCUCAAACAGCAUCAACCACAGACCAGAGAGCCAGUGACCUGCAAGGAACAGAGGGGGGAAAUUCUGGUGCAAAAAAGAAAUCUUUCGCCUCUAAUGAAGAAAUUGGGAAUGAAGAAGAAAAAAAGGAACAAGCUGAAAUGGAAUUUAAAGAGCAGAAGGACAGCAGAAAACUGACAAAUGCUUCUCAAGGGCAAGAUGAGAAUACUGUGAAAGUAAAUAUGGCUGGUUUGGAAGACAGUGGAAAAGUGACAGAGGAAACUGCUGACAUGAGCACAAGAAAUCUGGUUACAUUUAUAUCACAGUCAGCUAUAGGUGAGAGUGCCAGCUUUACUACAACAAAAUCUGUGGGUAAUGAAAAUCUGCAUGAGAUUGAAGAAAGCAACAAAGAGAAGCAAGUAAAUAAAGAUUCUUUCAUUGUUUCUCAGAUCUGUCCAGUUGAAACAAAUGAGUUUCACUCAUCCACUGAGGACAAUAAUGUUAUACUGCAGGUUGUUUCUCCCCAAGAGGAUGGAAUUCUCUCUGUGGUUUGUGAGGGGUCUGAUAUCACGAUGUCUAAAGGGGAUAAACAGAGACAUACAGAAGAGCCACUUUCCACAAUAGAAAAACUGGAUGAAGAGACUGAUAAGUCAGUGGGAUGUGUAUUGGCUGAAACAGGUGAUAUAGAAAAAACAUGUUCAGGUCAUUCAGAAAAUCAAGAGAAUGAGUCAAAGCCAGAACAAUAUGCAUGUGAAGAUAAAUCACAGGUAAAAACUAUCUCCAACUCUCCAGCAGUAGCUUCAAAAACAAACAGCAUGUGUACUAUCAGCACUACAUGUUUAUCUCAAUCAAACACAGAGCAGUCUACUACAACCUCAGACAUGCAACUUCUGCAAAAAGCAGAUAAGUCCACAGGCGGCCCGCCUGAACCGAUUGGCCCACAACUCAAUAGUGGAGUGAUGAAAAAUUAUACAUCAGAUGCUGGGGACACAACAGUCCCUUCUCCUCCCACUGCAGAGACUACAGUUCCAGCACAAAGGAAUGCUUCCUCCACCAGUGCACAAAGCACUAACAGUGAUGCCAGGGAUGUGUCUGUCAUUGUACUAAAGGCUCCAGGACCAAUGCUGAGUCACUGUGAGUCCAGUAAUGACUGUGAUAUUGCUGUAGCAGGAACUGGGGAGCUAUGCAGUAUGAAAAGUGCAUGUAAUUCUGAAACAGAGAUUCUAAAGACUAUUGGAGAGAAAAAAACUGAUCCACAGACAGAUGCAAAUGAUUCGUCCCACUCUGUUGGGGUCUCCGCACAUGAAACUUCUUCUGGAUCCUUUCUAGAGGGUCCAUUCACAACUGACAGAUCAGAACCAGCAGGUGGUUCUCUCCUAGUGUCAGAGAAUCCAGAAUUAAAUUGUGAAAAUCCAAAGAGAAAAGAGAGUGAGUCAUCCAAGGACACUAGAGAAUUGGAAAUUGUUAUAAAAGGGAAGAGAGAGGGACAUUUAAAUUCUGAACAUGAAAAAGAUUUAAGCAGUGCACCUACAAAGGUUAUAACAGAUGUCAGCACAACAGGACAAGACAAUGUUCAAGACAACCAGUCUAUAUUGCUCUCUGCUCAUAUCUUUGUUGAUAAAAACUCCUUUGCUUCUAAAUCUAAAAAGACAGAUCCUGAGCUGCCUGAAACACAACCAUUAAAUUAUCUUUCUGGGCAUGUAAGCUUAACACCAUUAGGCAGAGAGUUACAGUCUAUUAACUAUAUACAAAGUUAUUCAGUAAAGCCAGGCUCCUUUGAAACAACCUGUGCUGAUGAGUCACUUGAUUUUUACUCCACAUUGACACCACAACAAGCUCCCAAUGAUGUCAUCAAAUGUGAUUCACUCCUGAUGCACAUGAAGGACAACCUUGUCACACAGGGUAGGUCCUUUCAAACUGAGGAACCAGUUCAUUAUGUGUCUGAAGACAAUGAAGGAACGAAUCAAGGCACAUCUGAAGAUUUGGAGCAGGUAAUGGGACAAGAGCAUGGUGAGAAAUGUGUGAAGGAAACUGUGGAACAAAAAGCAAACUCAAGUGCCCAAAACAAACCUAUUGCUUCAGAGGAAGAAUUGAAUAAGCAAACAAAUGGGAAGCUGGGAGAAGGAAAGACACAAGUUGAAAAUACAUGCAAAGACCUGAAAUACAGCAGAGAAUGGGCAAAUACCUCUCAAGAGCAGGAUGAGACUACUGUGAAACAAAAUACUGAAAAAACAGGAGAACAGAACCAGAAGUUAAUGAAUUUAGAUCUCUGUAAGGUAUCCAGGGAAAAAACUGACUUCGGAGAGGAAAAAGAAUUAGACGAAUCCAACCCAACUGAAACUUUGGAGUCUACACCUGUAUCUGAUCCUAGAGGAACCUCCAAAGGGUUAAUCGAAGAGGCUCUGGAAAUGCUUGCUUUGGAUCGGAACCUGUCUGCAGCUGUGAAUACUUUUCCUGAGAGAGACCACACACAAGAUCCGAGGGCAUUGAGACAAUCAGAGUUGGCAUUUUCACAGCCACAAGAGCUUCAGUGCCAACAGGAGUUUACGAGUGCCCCAGAAGCAGUAUUAAGUAUAGAUGUAACUAAGGAUAAAAGCAAUGAUUUAGAAAAUGCUGAGGCCAAUUAUGCAGAUGCUGAGGCAAGUAGAAAGCAAGAAUCCAUGACUGUGCGCUGUAGUGCAAAGUCUAAAAGCUCCUUAAACAGCACAUCAGAGAGUCCCACACUGCUGGGAGGUAAUAACAGAGGUGUUAUUGUCGACAAUUUAUGUCCACAGAAUGAAGAGCAGAGUGUACAAACAAUACAUCUAAGUGGUGAGAAUAGCCCAUUUCCUGUUUCUGGCAAAAGUACUUCAAGAGAAAACAUAAACCAAACAGAGCAGGUGGUAAAAGAGGAGUGUGAGGUGUCAGUCACUGCACUGGCGACUUCUGAAAAUACAGAGGUCAGACAGGUUAUAGAGGCUUCAGAAACUAAAGAGCCUGCCAUCACAGAAUUACAGGACAGUGAGAGUAAAAGUUCCAAAUCACAGGUCAGUGCGAAUAAGCAGGGGAAUUUGUGGAACGAAAUCUCUGGCACCAAGAAAGACUUAGAACUUCCUGUAAAUCACUCAAGCGUGUUCUCUGUGUGUCCUAACAUCUCACACCAUGAAUCCGGACAAAAAACAGAGGAGCAAUGUUUCGAAUUGGUUACCAAUGGAGACAUCAGAAACACUGAGAUCAGACCAGAUUCAUUGAAUGAUGUUGCACGGAUGUCUAUUCCAGGAACUUCUCAGUAUCAUCAGGAAAAAGAGUCCGCUUCUCAGCUCUCUGAUGGGCAGCUCUCCACCACCACCACCACAAUCUCUUCUUUUUCCCCUGUGCUCAAGGAAAAUAUUAAAAAUGAACUAGAAAGUGUGGAUCAGGCCUCUGGUGAAGAUGUAUUAAGUGUAGGUCUGUGCCACCCAGUGGAGCCCAUCGCAUCACCUAAUUCCUUUUACCAAUCUGAGACAGCAGCCUUGAGGAUGGAGCUGCAUUUGUCAGAGCAAUUCCUAGAUGGUACCCAAAACACAGAGGAGCAGGAUAGACAGUGUUCUGAACAACUUCUCAUGCAGUUACAACAUAUAAACACUUGUUUGGGCACCAAAAACACAAUUGGUACCAUGGAAGCAGAAAACACUGUAUCAAAUGAGAAACAAGUGAUAGAAGGAAUAAAAGAAGAGAUAAGUGAAUACAUGAAGAAUGAGGAAGAGAAUAAGUCCAUUGAAAAUAAGGAUCACAUAGAAAUGGCUGUUGAGUCUAAGUCUUUGGAGUUUGUUGUGAAAGAGAGAAGAUCCAGAGAUAAAGAAAAUCAAAGCAAGUUGGCUGUACUCUUGGAGGAGCACUCUGUAUCUCUCCCUGAUGAAGCAACAGUCAGUAAGACAGACCAGCUAGCAGAAGUUACUGAUGGGACACUGACAGAACUAAAACAGGCUGCUGUCAUUACACCAGUGACAAAAUCCAAAGUUUCCCUUCAGCCCCCUCUUACAAUAAAUCAACAGUCUAGUCAGCAGGCCACUAUGUCUUUUAUUCAACCUCUACGUGAAACCAGCAAAGAAACAGUUAAAAGGGGCGGUGAGCAAAAUAGUGACACAGCAGUUAGUUCUGUUGAAGAUAUAAGAACUGUUGUAAUAAAAAAAGCAAUACAGAAAGAUGACAGUGAAGCCAAAGAGGAAGCCAGCAAGGUUUCAGAAGGUGAAGAUGGAUUGCUGGGUUCAAGUUCAGGAACAGCACUUGUAUCACCAAGUGUAAUCUCUGUUCCUGAGAAGUCAGAAUUCAACUCCUCUGAUGGUUCUGACUGGCUUAGAACUCUUAAAGAGGCAGCCUCCAUGUCUCAGAUAAUUCCAGAGCACAGAAAUUAUACAACAUGUGGAUCUGCAGAAAACAGACCACUUGAGACCCUCUGUUUGCCUCAAGCUGAACUAGAAUUCCGAACCCCCACUGAGGAGCUUUUUCCCUUUACAACUGAGCAAAGAUUUCCCCCUGUGACAGAGCAGCUAGAAGAGCCACCAGACUGCAGGUCCCCCCAGACAGAAGCUGCUGAGAAGAGUGUGUCUGUACCCUCUUCCCCAUCACCCCCACCACAGCACGCCAUCGCUCCUGCCCUCCCUGCCCACCUGCUCCAGGACACAGUUGAGUUCCCCACCCCGCCCCCUACCCCUCCAGAGAGGGCUCCCCCUGAACCUCAGACCCUUCCUUCAGCUCCUUCUCCUUCUGAUCUUCCUGAGAUUUUCUCUGCUGCUCCUCUUCCUCAUCCAAUCCAACAGCUCCAGGACUGUGAACCUCUAGCCAGGAGCUCAGACUCAGAUGGAGCAUUCGAAACCCCUGAGUCCACUACCCCUGUGAAGUCUGCUUCCCCACCAUUGCCCGCAACAGAGCUACCUGGCACCUGCUCAGAGACAUUGUCUUUAGGACAUACAGAAGAAAGAAAAUCUUUGGAACAACGAGAAGCCUCUUCCACUGUUGACCCCUCUGCCAGUGAAGCUCAAGACACAUCAAUUGUUCGGCCUCCUUGUCGCUCUCAAUCUAUUGUCUUUGAUGAGGACAAACCAAUAGCUGCCAGCGGCACCUACAACCUUGACCACUUAAUUGCUUCCGACCCCUUCCCAGAAUCAAAUUUUGAGUAUGGGCCACCAAGCCGACAGGAUCGUGCUCCUCUUACCCGUUCUCUAAGCCUACAGUGUAGUGACUUAGAGAGCCCAGGAGACAAAUCCUCAGGAGGUACGUCUGACAAACCAUUUCACCCACGAACAGAGUCCUUCAGUGCAGGAACCGAGAGUGCACCUGGAACCCUCCGCAGAGCAAAGAAGACCCGUCCAGUUUCUCUGAAGAAGAAGCCUCUUUCAAGGCAGAACUCAAACCCAGAGCAUUCCUCACCCAAACCUGCUUCUUCUAGCAGCACACCGGAAGAGAAGAAGACGGGGAAAUCCCAUGCUGAAAGCCCCUUGCAAACUCAAGAGAGGGCCAGUGCCUCACCCAGCCCUAGUGCUAGCCCUGCUGGUACCUUAAGGAGGAACAGGCUAAAAUCUCGAGUGGAGAGUCCUCCACCUUUGGCUGAGGAGUUCACAACAGCUCCUGCCUCAAUAUCAGCUCAGCUCCAAACAGAGGUUCCUGAUCCAAUACCUGAGGCCCCAGCUGUCCCUAACGAGGAAUUACCUAUCCCUCCCAGUGCCUCCUACAAAUGGAAUCCGGACAACUUUGAGAACAUUGACCCAUUCUGUACAAGAGACAGUAAAUUUGAAAGCUCGCCAUUUUUGGGCCGGAAACCUGACUUUACAUCAGUGUCAGACUCCUGUCAAAGCGCCCCUGUUGCUGUAGAGGAGCCCCGUGCCCCAUCCCCUACAGAGCAACCUCUCAGGCUCGAGGAACAGCCAAUCGUCAAGCGUCAACCAGUCAGACUGGAGUUUGACUAUUCAGAAGACAGUGGAGAGGCGCAACGCAUCACUCCUCCACCCAAAAAACUGGGCAAGAAGCCAGGAGCCAAGAUGCCCAUUAGAAAGCCAAAACUGGGAAUUAAGAAGGCCCCUCCACAUCAGACAGAGCAGCUAGACAAUGCACCUAACCAACUGCUUUCAAAUGACAAUGAUGAAAUCCCUAUCCCCAAGGCGUCAUACAACUUUGACCCAAGCAAGUGGGAUGACCCUAAUUUUAACCCAUUUUCUUCAAACAGCGGCAUCCCCAACUCUCCGCACCUGUCUGGAGGAACCUAUAGUUUUGACACACACUCCUAUGAUGACGAUCCCUUUAAACCAUCCAGAAAGAUAGGAAACUCGCCUCCGGAGGCUGCCUCUUUUGACCUGUCCACCAAUGACAAUGACAAUGACAAUGAUAACAUUGUUGAAUUGGAGGACCACAACCAGAACAAACCUGCCAAAAUUAAGAAGAAGCCUCUAAAAUCUAACACUUUUAGAGUGAAGAAGUCACCAAAGAGGUCUCCGAUUACUGAGCAGUCUGCACAAGAACACACAUCUGACACCAGUCCUGACCCUUCACAGGAUCACGCCACUGACGAGGAGAAACUUGCCUCCUCCACCAGUCAGAAAUGGGCAACUCGACAUGACGUGGAGGUGGAGCUGAACUCUGACCCUCAAGACUUUCCUCAGCCAUCUGACUUUACAGCUUUUGUCAACGAGUGCAGUUUACCCUCACAAAAUGAUGUUACAGACUUUGAAAUUGAGUACAUGGACAAGAUUGGUUCCUCUACACUUCCCCUUUUAAUGAAGAAACCCUCACUGUACCUAAAGCUGGACUCUGUGAAUGACAGUUCAAAGAAGAGCUCUAGCAUGCAUGAUUCAGAGCCUAACUCACCCUGCACUGGGAGCUUUGAGGAGAUGGAGGCUCAGAUCUCGCAGGGAAAAUCACCUGUGCUGCCACCACGUGGCACUCGUGAGCCCAUGGCCUCAGAGAAAAGCAGAAAGAGGGAGAGUCGAGCACAGAGCAAUGAGAGAGAUGGAGCGUCCGUUGUCCAGGGCCCCAUGGACACCUCAGAUCUGCCCCUCUUAGACAGGGUGUCUGAUUCAACUUCCCCUCUCAGCUACCUGGAGCCUGACCUGGCAGAGACCAACCCCGCUGCCUUCGCACAAAAACUGCAGGAGGAGCUGGUGCUCGCAGCUCUGAGGAUAGAGGCUCUACAGGUAGCCAAAAACAUCUCUCAGAGCCCCUCUUUGUCCACUGUGUCCCCUCAGUCUCACUUCAAGAAGCCCAGCCCACGCCGCUGGAAUCUCAAUGGUUCACACAUGGCUAAAAAGACUGCAGGCAAGUCUGCAGAGAAAGAUAUCAAACUCUGUCGCAGGAUGUCCCGUAUACCACAGCAGAGAGAAAUGGCCUCACCUGGAGACAGUGGAGUUUCGAAGAGCUCUCUUUAUUCUCAAACAGGAUACAGUGAAGGGGAAAGCCCUCAUCUGCCUCAUGACAUGGACCACUCGUUGGGCAUCGCCCGAGAAGAGAUUGUUGUCAAAGAGAAAGAAGUCCUGGAAUGGAAGAGGAAGUACGAGGAGAGCAGACGGGAAGUGGAGGAGAUGAGGAGGAUAGUUAUGGAGUAUGAGAAGACCAUUGCAGAAAUGAUUGACAAAUCUUUCCUGCCUCCGGACCCAAACACUGAGGGUGAACAGAGGCAGAAAACUCUGUCAGAUCACACUAUCCAGCAGUUGAUUCUGGAGAAGGAUCAGGCUUUGGCUGACCUCAACUCUGUGGAGAAAUCUCUGGCUGAUUUGUUCCGUCGCUACGAGAAGAUGAAAGACAUCUUGGAAGGCUUCCGCAAGAAUGAGGAAGUGUUGAAGAAAUGUGCUCAGGAGUACCUGUCUCGUGUCCGUAAGGAGGAGCAGCGCUACCAGGCCCUGAAGAUCCACGCCGAGGAGAAACUGGAUAAGGCAAAUUCUGAAAUCGCUCAGGUGAGAUCCAAAGCCAAGCAGGAGCAGGCAGCACAUCAAGCCAGUCUGAGGAAAGAACAUAUGAAGGUGGACUCACUGGAGCGCACGCUGGAACAGAAGAACAAAGAGAUCGAGGAAUUGACCAAAAUUUGUGAUGAAUUGAUUGCCAAGAUGGGGAAGAGUUAGCCAUCCAGAGACUUAGUUCUGUCCAUACCACAAAGGGACAAGAAGAUUGUGGGGUUCUGUAUUUUUCCUUCUUUCUGUUGGACAGAACAAUGAACUAACCAAAUGAUCUUUGUGGGUCCCACACUACUGAUGUCUUCUCAAAACUGGACUCCCCAGGACUGAGAGAACAGAUUCCGGCUGUAAUUACUUCCACUUCAUUUAGAUGUAUUAAUGUACACAAUUUACCUAUAUUGAGGGUCUUGUGAAAGUACUCCCCAUCAGCAGAGAAUUUCUUUGAGAGUCUGUACAGCUCACAGAGCAAAAGGGAGAGAGAGUACCUGUUUUUAGUGAGCGUGUGGUUAUGAAAGCCAUUGCCAUGACAACCACUGGUGGACCCGACUGUUAAACUGAUUCCUGUGGUACCCUAUUCUUAACUUGAAAACAGAAAUAUAGAGAAUACAUAAAUAUAUAAUAUAAAACAGACUAAGUAAUCAUUCAGUUGUCACAAAGUGGUAUUCAUGAUCAUGAAAAAUUGCAUGUUUUAGGCCUUGAUGAUUUUGUAAAUAGUGAAAAUGACUUGAAUAUAGUAAAGGAACACAACUGCAGAAUUUGAUACUGUUAGUUUGAUCUGCUAUUUGUUUUAUUGUCUCCUAGCAAAACUGAUGUGCGAUUUUUAUUUUUGGAUUUUAUUUUGAUAUAUAAAUGAGCCCACUUGUCACUGUCAGUGGUUCAGACUUGAGCUAAUUUAAUCUGAAUGGAUUUGUCUCAGUCCUGCUAUGGCUGAUAUUUCCACAGCAGCAAGAUCUGCCAUUUAUACAAGACAUGCUUACAAAGUGCAAUAAAAGAUGGCAAUACA